CCCGCCCCGCCCAGGGGCGGCCCUACGGGGGCACCGGCUGCGAGCGGAGCGGCACCGCCACCGGCACCGGCACCGGCACCGGGACGGAGCAAUCGGGCUGGAGAACAAUAGCGGCGCUGGAAAACAAUGGAGCAGCCGCACCUCCCCGCGUAGGGAUGCGCGCCGGACGCGGGGCAGGAAUCCCAGCCCAGGAGUAGCGGCCGGGCCGGAGGCAGCGCCGGCAGCAGCGCAGGAUCCGCGGGACGGGUUUUGCUUCCCCCUGAGCUGUCUCUGGUUCCCCCGCAGCUCGGCUCCCAUGCCCGGGGAUGGAGCUGGCCGGAGGGGAUGCGGUGCCCUGCGGGAAGGACAAAUUCAUCUCCAGGAAUGAGCUGCUCCUGCACCUGAAGACCUACAACAUCUACUACGAGGGGCAGAACCUGCAGCUGCGGCACCGGGAGGAGGAAGGGGAGCUGAUCGUGGAGGGGCUGCUGAACAUCUCGUGGGGGCUGCGCCGCCCCAUCCGCCUGCAGAUGCAGGACGACAACCAACGCAUCCGCCCGCCGCCCUCCUCCUCCUCCUGGCACUCGGGCUGCAACCUGGGCGCCCACGGGUCGGUGCUGAAGCCCAGCACGCUGCCGGACAUCCCGGGGAUGGACGGAGACGCCGCGCCCAGCACGGAGAGUCCCGGGAGAGGCGCAGCCCCCAGGCCGGCGGAGGAGGCCCCGCAGCUGAUGAGGACCCGCAGCGAUGUCGGGGUCCGGCCCCGCGGCAGCGCCCGCACGCCCGGCGAGCAGCGGCGGCUGCGCCGGCACCGCUUCUCCAUCAACGGCCACUUCUACAACCACAAGACCUCGGUGUUCACUCCCGCCUACGGCUCUGUCACCAACGUGCGCAUCAACAGCGCCAUGACCACGCCCCAGGUGCUCAAACUGCUGCUCAACAAAUUCAAGAUUGAGAACUCUGCAGAGGAGUUUGCUCUGUACAUGGUGCACACGAGUGGAGAGAAGCAGAAGCUGCGCGGCAGCGACUUCCCGCUGCUCGCCCGCAUCCUGCAGGGCCCCUGCGAGCAGGUGUCCAAGGUGUUCCUCAUGGAGAAGGACCAGGUGGAAGAGGUCACCUACGACGUCGCCCAGUACAUCAAAUUUGAGAUGCCCAUCCUCAGGAGCUUCAUCCAGAAGCUGGAGGAGGAGGAGGAUCGGGAAGUGAAGAAGCUGAAGCACAAGUACUCCAUCCUGCGGCUGAUGAUCGAGCAGAGGCUGGAGGAGAUUUCCGAGGGCCCGACGGCGAUGUGAGCGUCCGUGGGAUGUGCUGCAAAAAAUCCCAACCCUGAAACGCUCCUGGUGUCCAUCUGGAGGGCUCCAGCCCCAAGCCAAACCCCCUCCCACGCCUUCAUCCCUGCAGAAUCCUCGGGGGGCUCUUCCCAGGAAGAGCUGGCGGCAGCUUCAGCCAAAACCUUAAAUCCCUGGAAAGCACAGGGAGGAAAAAAAAAAAAGACAACGACAAAAAAAGAGGAAAUCUGUGAGCAGCACAAAGGCAAGGAUGGAGCUGAGUGAGAGCUGCCAGCAAUCCAGAGCUGGAAUUUUGAGGGCUCAGUUUGGAAAUACCUGGUGUGGCUCCUGGUGAAGGACCUGCUGCAAGAGAGCACAAAAAAUUCCUCUUUCUUUUUUUUUUUAGAGAAAAGCACAUUCCUACCGCAAUAAUUCACAGGUGUUGGGAGGAUUUUGUAAAUCCGAAGGGUUGGCUGAGAUUUUCGGGGGGGAUUUGACCCUGACUUGGGGGCUCACAGGUGGAUUUCCAGCACAGGAGAAAAUCCCAUUUUUUCUGGCGCCUUCCCCAAACCUGCAUCUGGUUGUGCGGCCCCCUCGGUCCCCCGUUCUAAUUUGCACUAAUAUUUAGGGAUUUUUAAGAAAACCGUGAUGUCAAACCUCUCUGGAAGCUGUAAAUGCCAAAUAGCACUCGCAGGGAUGCCUGAGGGCCUUGAGCAUCUCAAGGGAUGCUGGAUGGGCAACGGGGGAAGCAGGAGGAGGGGGAGGCAGAAAUAAAGAGGAUUUUAUUUUCCAAAUCUCAUUUCCCAGCGGUGCCAGCAAAUUAUCCUGGUGAAACCAGCAGCUGGAAAAACUUCUUUCCUCCCAGGCUAAACCAGCAAUAUCCAUUUUAUACCUCGAUGUGAACUAAACCUCUGACUUUUUCCCCCACCCCUUUGAGUUUUUGCAAUGCAUCUUUGUAAAUUUUUUUUGUUUUGUUUUUAAUUUUAAUGGUACCUUUUCCACCUUUAACUCACCUUCAGGAAAGUGUUGUACAGCGAGAGGAGCUUUUGAUGUGUUUGAAGGAUGAUUGUGGCACUGCUGCGUGGAUUAACAAGGAAAUAAAAUAUGUAGCAACUUAAUGCAGAAUGAAA